AUGGCGGCGGCGGCGCUGCUGCUCUUCCAGCUCGUGUUCGGCUCCGUCCGGCGGCGGAGCCGCAGCGCACUCCGCCACGGCGCGCUGUGGCUGGCGCACACCCUCCUCCCGCCGCUCACCGCCUACGCCCUCGGCCUGAUGCAGCAGGCCUCCGCCUCCCCGACGAAGGCCGCCGCGGCGCUGCACCCCGUGUGGGCGCUCUCCCUCUUCCUCCUCGCCGGCGGCGCCGGCUCCGUCACGGCCCACGACCUCGCCGACAGCAGCCGGUGGGCGCGCCGCCUCUUCGUCCACCUCCAGUGCUACCUCUUCUUCAGCUUGCUGUGCCGGGCCCUCCUCUCCUCCGGCGGCGCCGUCGCCGUCCCAUUCGACCUCCUCGCGGCCACGGCCGUCUCCUCCCACUGGCUCGGAGUCCGGGCGAGCUGGGCCGCCGGCCACCCCGGCCCGAGCAAGGUGGUGGCCGACUACAUGAAGCAGCACGGCGGCGCCACCUGCUCACCAUCACCGGACGGCUCCGAUGAUCCCGACGCCAUGACCGGCGGCUGCAGGUACCUGGUACACUGGCCUGGCAACAGUGUAGCUCGCCGGGGAAGAAGAAGCUCCUCCUCCUCCUCCGCCGCCGCCUACAGGUGCGAGCUGCCAGAGGAUGACGUCAUCACCGUCGACACGAUCUGGGAGCACUGCGACGGAGAGGACGCCGCCGCCGCCUUCGCCUCGGUCGGCGCCAGCAGCUCCCGGAUCAGAGGCGCCUGCCUCGCCUACUCCCUCUCCCACCUGCUGAAGCGCCGCCUCUUCGGGCUCGACUGCGCCGAGGCCGGCCUUGCCGAGACGCGCCGGUUCGUCGUCGACGGGUUCCUCUCCGACGACAACGCCGACGAGCACACCGAGGCGUUCAGGGUGGUCGAGGCGGAGCUCGGGUUCCUCCACGACUUCCUCUACACCAAGUGGGCGUCCAUCUUCGAGGUCGAGACCACCUUCUUCUCCACGGCCGCUCUGAAGAUCAUCCUCGCAACCGUGCUCGGAGCAGUCGUGCUCCUGAAACACAUCCCGAUCACUGAUGAUGAAUCGACAGCCGGCACGGUCGUCGAUGCCGUCGCCACGGUCCUAGUUCUUGGAGCGUUCGUCGCAGUGGAGGCAUGGCAGACGGUGAUGUACCUGGGAUCAGACUGGGCCAUGGUGUCGCUAGCUUGCUGCCGGCUCACCGCAGGGGCAAACAGGUUCCUCCCAUUCGCUCUCCGGAAGCCAUUGGGGUUUCUUUCUUGCAGGCGCCCAAUGUUCAGCUACUGGCACAACAGCAUAGGCCAGCACUCGGUCAUCGAGGGUUCUCAGUUCUUGAAGUGCAGCAAGGCUUCUUUCUUCUCCUCUGAAACAACUGAAUUCGACCCCAUGCUGGUGUUCUCGGCUACCGCCGAGUACCUCCGUCGAGCUUGGGGGAAUACUCUGACUCUGACAGCAACAAGCAGAGGUCUGCACUUCGUCAAGCUACCUGACACGCUCAAGCCUCUGAUCGUCGCCCUGCUGAAACUGAAAUCCAGCAGCGAUGGGCAUACUCUAAUAAGCAACGGGGAGGCAUCGUUGGUGAGGAACGGCGUCUCCCGGCAGCUGUCGUGGACGCUGCAGAACGAGACGCAAGCGGAGACCAUGCUCAUCUGGCACAUCGCCACCGAGUACCUCGUGAUCGCGCUGCCUGACGAGGCAGCUGCAGAAGCAGCAGAGCUGCUUCCGGGGAAUUCGGUGGACACGAAGUUCAUCUUCGACCACGCCAUGGUUGAAGCUCGAGAAGCUUUGGGAUCGAAAUCCAAGCUGCGAGAGAGGGAUCGGCUGCGGAAAGUCCUCGCCGCCGGCUCCACCGGAGACGAUGCAGCAGCAGCAGGCACUAUCUUCAGCAGAGGGAUCAAGCUCGGGGCGAAGCUGGAGAACAUACGGGAGGGCUCCCUGCGCUGGAAGCUGAUGGCCGAGUUCUGGGUGGAGACCGUGCUCUACGUCGCGCCGUCGGACAAGGCCAUGGCGCACAUGGAGCGCCUCGCGCGCGGUGGGGAGUUCCUGACGCACGUCUGGGCGCUCCUCACGCACGCCGGCAUCCUGACGCGCAGCCUCGAGCCCGAUCCCUGA